GCGCAACCCUGGCGCAUUCGCACCCAAGGAAUCAAAACAAAUGGUGAAGAGGGAGGGGGCGUUGCUAUCAGCUGCUGCUUCUUUCACUUUUUCUUCCCUCCACACCGCCAAAGUUAAUGCGUGCACCUGCUGAUCGUAUCCUUAACGGUGUUUUCCGUCUCCAUCUCGAUCGAUUAUUGUUAUCACUGCUGUGUUUCUCCCUACCCUCCCCACCCCCACCACCUCGUAUGCAAACAAAGAAGAGCACGAUGUAAAAUGGAGGCGUUUGAAGCCCAGCGGUUGUUCGGGGACCAGGACAGACCAGAUAGAGACAAGCUGUUACGGUUAAGGGAAAGAUGGAGAAUCAGAGGGCACCAAUUCUGGAUGAUUGGCAAAAUGAACCUUUUUUUGGUUAAUCCAGCAAGUGGUUAGGGCCUGGAAUGCAUUGCCAGAGGUGGAGAGAGAUUCGUGGCUUUCGAAAGAUAAUUGGGCAAUAAUCUGAAAGGGGAGAAAUAAUAACAGGACUGUGGGGAAAAGACCAAGGAUGCAGGUAACAAAUGCAGCACUUCUUGUGGUUUCUGAAAAAGAAGUCAACAAAGGAUUUUUUCAAUCCAAAUAUGUUUUAAUCUAUCGUAGCAAUGUGGAUCAUCUGGAAUCAUCACACAUAACAAAUAAGAUCACUUCCAUGGAUAAAAAUCAUAGUCAAAAUCAUUUCUGUUUGAACACCAGCGCUUCAGCAAGGAGACAAUUAUUGAUGUACGAAGCCAGUGAUUUUCAGGUUAAUGUCAACAAAAUUGAAGUUAAUGUUUUGGACUCUAUAACACUGAAAGUGAUCAUGAAUGUUUCUGGGGAUAUAUCUUGCCACUGGAACUUUAUGAACAUCAUAACUCAGUGUAAUGUGAAUUAUUGCACCCCACACAGUCCAAUCAUUACUUUCACAAUUUCUCAAGUCACUGAAAGGCAUGCAGGAAUAUACAACCUCACUGUUGAAGGCACAGACACAAUUAGCUUUCCAAUUUUUGUUCGAGCAAAACCCAGAAAACCAAAAAUUACAAUGGAGAAAGAGGGAGAUGUGACUACAUUGGAAUGCACAGCAGAAAGUUACCCAGCUUCUACACUUACUUGGAGUUCCAGUUCUACAAGCUCUUCAGAAAUGCCAGGCAUAAGUCAUAAUAAAUCCAUUGAAAGCUUUGGAGUGACAAGAAUUAAGAAAAAGAUUUCCAUAAGCAAGUGCAUUCAUGAUAACAUAUCUUGCUGUGCAAGCAAUAUUCAUGGAACAGAGUGUUCAAGUCUUUACACUCAAGAUCUUGAUAGAUCAGAAAGAGAAAGCUCAGGUUUGAAUAUUUUUCUGAAAGUUGGUGAUCCAUUUCUGCUGCGAUGUAUUGCUUCAUAUGAAACGUACAAAUUCAGAAUAGGUUGGGCUAAGGACACAAAAGCAGGAAAUACCACAAAGGUCCUGGAAGUUGAAGAAUCAUUUCUAUUAAGCAGGCACACAAGAAUCAUAUUCCUGUUUAUUACUUCAGUACAUUUGGAAAAUAGCGGAUUAUAUACAUGUACUUCUACAAAACAUUCAAACAAAACAGUCAAAUUAACAGUCAUUGAGAAAGGAUUUAUAAAUUCGUCAAUAACAAACAAUGUUCAUACUAUUGGUGAAACAGAGGACUUUUGCUUUGAAGCUAAACUGAAGGCAUAUCCACCUGUAAGAUGCCAGUGGUAUUUCUCACAAAAUGCAUUCCCCUGUUUACUUAAAAAAGUAUCUGGAAACAGUUAUUCUGCAUCAUUUUGUGAUCAUGGUCAUAAACCAGGAAUCUAUGAAUUUUUUGCAGAAAAUGAGGAAGCAGAAUUUCAGACAUUUUUCACUUUAUAUAUAAAAAAGAAACCAUCUCUAGAACUUUCAUCAGGAAAAGAUAACAUUUUCUGCAACUCCACAAGCUAUCCAUUAGCCACAGUGAGUUGGAAAAAGUGCAAUGAAAAAUCCUGCAUUGAAAGUGAAAAUAUAACUGAGGGCAUUCAGACCAAGGUGUCGGAUGGAAAAAUGUUUGGGUCCAAAAGUAUACUGAGUGUAAUGGACGCAACGGUCACGACGGGUGGGUUUUCAGUUGAGUGCUGUGCAGAGAAUGCUGUAGGCUCAAUCUGCAAAAGAAGCUAUCUUCCAGAGCAAGAUAAAAUGCAGUUUUCAAAGACUAUUUUCUACACGACAAUUGGAAUUUUUGGACUGGUUACAAUCCUGUUUUUCGCUUUCAUAUUCCCUAAAUGUCAAAAGCAACCUGGUUAUGAACAGCAGCUCCUCAUGAUACAAGUUGUUGGAUCGUCUGAGAAUGAUUAUGUUUAUGUUGAUUUUACCCACACUGAUUAUGAUCCAAAGUGGGAAUUUCCUCGUGAAAACUUGGAACUGGGGAAUGUACUUGGCUCUGGUGCAUUUGGAAAAGUCAUGGAAGCCAUGGCAUAUGGAAUCAAUAAAGCAGAUGUCCCUGUCCAGGUGGCUGUGAAGAUGUUGAAGGAAAAAUAUGAGCCUUCUGAAAAAGAUGCCUUGAUGUCUGAACUGAAAAUGAUGAUUCACAUGGGGCGCCAUGAAAACAUUGUGAACCUUUUAGGAGCUUGUACUAUUUCUGGCCCAGUAUACCUAAUCUUUGAGUAUUGUUGCUAUGGAGACCUUCUUAACUAUUUAAGAAAUAACCGGGAGAAAUUUCAUAAGACAUUGACUGAUGUAUUUGCACAGAACAAUUUUAGCUUCUAUCAUAAUCUUUACAACGAUCAACAAUUCAGCUACAAAGCUGGACAUUGUGUGCAAAAUCAAUCUUAUGUACCAAUGAAUAGAGAACCUGAUUCUGGGAUGUUGUCACAAGGGUGUGAUUGUGAUUUACUAUUCCAUGAGGAUGAACUAACAUGUCCAUUAAAUACAGAAGCUGACUAUCAGAAUGCCAGGAGAUAUGAAGAUGAAGAUUUGCAUGUUCUUACUUUUGAGGAUCUCCUGAGCUUUUCAUAUCAAGUUGCCAAAGGGAUGGAAUUCCUGACUUCACAAAGUUGUAUUCACAGAGAUCUGGCUGCAAGGAAUGUGUUAGUUACCCAUGGGAAAGUAGCAAAAAUAUGUGAUUUUGGACUGGCCAGGGACAUCAUGCAAGAUUCUAACUAUGUCGUAAGAGGCAAUGCACGACUCCCUGUCAAGUGGAUGGCACCUGAAAGUUUAUUUGAAGGCAGUUACACAACUCGUAGUGAUGUCUGGUCAUAUGGAAUCUUAUUGUGGGAAAUAUUUUCACUUGGUGUCAAUCCAUAUCCCGGAAUUCAAGUGGAUUCUAAUUUCUACAAACUAAUUAAGAGUGGAUUUAAGAUGGAUCAGCCAUUUUAUGCUACUGAAGAGAUAUACAGCGUGAUACAAUCAUGCUGGGCUCUUGAUCCGCGAAAACGACUCUCAUUUUCAGACCUAGUUUCUAUUUUUGAAAAGCGACUUGCGGAUGCUGAAGUAGCUCUUUAUCAUAACUUAAAGGUGUGCAAAUACAAUUCAAACUAUAAAAACCUCCCUAUUAGUUCUAAGGAGCGCAUCAGCAUCCAUUCUGCCACAUCAUUACUGAAGGAAAGUACUCCAAAGAAUGAAGAUGUGCAAAUGUAAUUUUUCUGCUGUAUGGACCAUCAAGAUAGGUGGUUUCACUGGACAUUGAAUGUUUUCUUUUCAUGACUAAGCUAAUCAAUGACUGUCUCAGCUGCUAACAUCAAAAAGGUUGCAAUUAAUGAAACAGUUUUACUUUUCUUCUGUUGUAGUUCAGUCACUUAUGGAAGACCGGGCUGUCAGAAAUUUGUAUAUCUCUGCUUGUGUUAUAGAGUAUGAGAAAUGUUAGGUUAAGAACUAUGUAGAAAUUAAGGCAUUUGCAAUUAAACCACAAAAAUUAAUAGCUCAAAGGUGAUGAAAGUUACAAUUUAAAAGAGAUGAUGAGCCUACUGUAUGAACUGGAUGAUGUAGCAAACAGCUGGGAGUACAGAGAUUGUGACUGUACAGGUCGACAAUGACGAAGCUGCAAUUGAGAUUGGAGGAAGUCCCUGGUCCAGUAUAUUAAGAAUAAUAGCUAACUGACUAUUAAAUUGUUAUGAAAUCCUGUUUGGUUGACUAAUGUCAUAAGGAAAUCUAUUAUUCUUUCCUCGUCCUGUCUAUAUGCAACUCCAGAUCCACAGCAAUUGUGGUCAAGUUUUAACUGUCCUCUGAAGUGACCUAACAAGGCACUCAAUUACCAACAUAACAAAGUGUGUAGCUGGAUGAACACAG